GUUGUUUUUAGGCACAUGAUGUGAGGUUACGUGUUAUGCACUUCUUCGUAAUUGAUUGUAUGUGUAAUUUUGUAAGAACAAUAAUAAAUAGAAGUAUUUAGUCAGUGUUGUAUUACAUAAUAGUAAACAAAAUACAGCAACACACUUUUCAAUGUUCUCAACCAAGGCACAGUUGAUAAAACGUACUGGAAAAGAUGGUAUUGGACGUUAUGAAUUUUUAAAGCUCUUAGCAACUGAAUAUAAAACCACCAAGUCUAAAGAAGCAAAAGAGCAAGUGCUAGCAAACUUGGCAAAUUUUGCUUAUGAUCCUAUAAAUUACGGUUACAUAAGACAGCUACAAAUAAUUGAUUUGUUUCUUUACGCUCUGUCUGAAAAUAAUCCAAAGUUAGUGCGUUUUGCUAUUGGUGGUAUUUGCAACUUAUGUUUAGAUACGAUAAAUAAGAUAUACAUUCUAAGAAAUAGAGGUGUUCAGUUAAUAUCAUCAUUACUGUAUUCCCAAGAUGAGGAUGUUGUAACAUCAGCAAUUUCUACCUUGAUGUUUCUUGUCACAUCUGAAUCCAAAACUGAAAUAACAUCGGUUAAAAUAAUUAAAUGCAUGCAGGAACUUUCUUGUAACACUAAUAUUCGUAUCAAGAACUUGGCACAAAUAUUUUUAACCGAUUAUUGUAAUGCAAGUGAGGUGGGAAAAGUAAAGGAAAACAGCAAUUAGCACUAGAAAGUGAAUAGCUUUCUAAAUCUAAUAUAUUUUUGUUCAACUACACAUCUUAGUAAUUAAGACAUUUGUAUAAAAGUGAAAAAAAUAACAUU